CUUUAUCCCUUUGAACAUGGUUUAUUUUCUGAGCAAGAAGCCACCAUGGGAGACCUUUUUUCCUUAUUUUGGGAGGUAGAUCCUCCCCCCAUACCUUUAAGUUUUGCCAUUCCAAGUCGGGAUUAUGAAUGCCGGAAGGAUGACUCUUGUGGGACCAUAGGGAGCUUCCUGCUCUGGUAUUUUGUCAUCAUAUUUGUCCUGAUGUUCUUCUCUAGGGCUUCUGUCUGGAUGUCUGAGGAUAAAAAGGAUGAGGACAGUGAGACAAGUGCUUCAGUAAGGAAAGCAGGCAAAGAGACUUCCUAUCAGUGGCAAAGCAAAGAUGGUGCCUGGGAUUCCUCACAAACAAUGAAGAAACCAAAGCAGAACCAACUUACUCCUGUAACCAACUCAGAAGUGGCUUUGGUCAGUGCCUAUCUUGAACAAAGACGAGCCAGGUGCCAGUCUCAGUUCAAUGAGGUGAACCAGGACCAACAUGACAGUGAUACUACGGAGUGUGGCAGUGAAGAAUCUAACUCAGGAGCCUCCUCGUGGAAGGAGAGUGAAAGUGAACGCCACCCAUCACCAGACAGUAUUAAGCGGAGAAAAAUGGCUCAGAGGCACAAGAACCUGGGAAGUUACCAAAUGGGAGAAAGGCCCUGCCUCCAUUGCAAAGCCAUGAGAACCAAUGAAUGGUUGGUGCACCAUUUCCUACACAAGGCUUCAGUAGCAGCCUCAGUGAAAGGAGACAGUCAAGAGGAAAGUUCCACACCUGACAUUCAUAAAAUUCAGUAAAAUUUGAAUUUUAUUACAUUCUUCUCUUACUUGAAGCCAAAUGAAAGAGAUGAAUAAAACAUGAAAAAUCGCCAGAGCUCUAGGUGAGGAGACUUUUGCAGCAAAGUCUCUCUAACAAACAAAAACAUACUUGGAACCCAAGAGGUAAAAUCUUACACAAUUCUUUGUUCCAAAAAAAAAAAAAAAAAAAAAAAAGCCAUCAAAUGUGUUUAUGGCACCAUUGGAACACCGAAGAUCUGUAUCCACUAUGUUUUUUUCAUUUGAAACAGCACAAGACAGAUAUUUUAUGCCUUGAGUGUAUAUAUUUU